AGGAAAAAAAGUCUCUAUUUUCAAGAAUCUUUAAACUUUUAAUUCAAUAUGAAGGUGAUAGCAGCUUAUUUGUUGGCUCAAUUGGGUGGAAACUCUACCCCAUCAGCCAAUGAUUUAAAGAAAAUCUUGAAUUCUGUUGGUGCUGACAUUGAUGAUGUGAAAAUUGAACUAUUAUUGUCACAAGUAGAAGGCAAAGAUAUUAAUGAGUUAAUUGCUGCUGCCAAACAAAGAUUGGCUUCUACUACUACUACUACUUCUUCUAUGUCUUUUGGAUGUGUUGGUGGUUGUACAAAUAAUAAUGCUAAUGUUGAUGGACAAGUUGAAGAGAAGAAAGAGGAAAAGAAAGUUGAGAAGGUGGAAGAGUCUGAUGAAGAAGAUUUUAAUUUUAGUCUCUUUGAUUAGAAGUUUACUUUAGUUUUUUGUUGUUACUUUUAUGCACUAAUAGUAGUAGUAGUUGUGUUGUCUUGAUUAA